AUGGCAGACAAACAGCGGGAUUGGCGGAGGGAGGAGAAUGAUGAGGAUGACGAAGGAGAGCAGGAGCUUGACGAGUCUAACUUCAAGGCGCAGAAAGAUGCGGUGCUGCUGGCCGUUGAAGUCAGCCCUUCAAUGCUUGAACCCCCUCCAACCUCUGGCUCUAAGAAGGUGGAUCGGGACAGUCCGGUUCAAGCUGCGCUCAAGUGUGCCCACCACCUGAUGGAGCAGCGCAUCAUUGCCAAUCCCAAAGAUAUGAUGGGAAUCCUUCUUUUCGGCACGGAAAAGACCAAGUUUCGAGAGGAGAAAGAUGGCCGCGGCGGGCUAGGAUACCCGAAUUGCUAUCUCUUCACUGACCUCGAUGUUCCCGCGGCCGACGACGUCAAGGCACUGAAGGCGCUGGUUGAGGACGAAGAGGACGAAGACGAGGUGCUGAAGCCGGUCACCACUGAUGUUGUUUCCAUGUCAAACGUGCUCUUUUGCGCCAACCAGAUAUUCACCACAAAGGCUGCCAACUUUGGCAGUCGGCGGCUGUUCAUCGUGACCGACAAUGAUGACCCACAUGCAUCAGACAAGGCGGCGAGAUCUGCUGCUGCUGUGCGAGCAAAGGAUCUGUAUGACUUGGGCAUCACAAUCGACUUAUUCCCAAUCACAAGAGGCGAGUCAAAGUUUGACCUUGGCAAGUUUUACGAUGACAUUGUUUAUCGUGAUCCCAGUGCAGAGGCCAAUGGCACAGAAGUCCGAACAUCCAAAUCUGGAGAUGGAUUGUCUCUUCUAAACUCGCUCAUCUCAAACAUCAACUCCAAACAGGCGCCCAAACGAGCACUAUUUCAUCUGCCCUUUGAAAUCGCGCCUGGACUCCGGAUAACCGUCAAGGGCUACAACAUUGUGCAACGACAAGCACCGGCGAGAACGUGCUACAUCUGGCUUGACGGCGAAAAGGCCCAAAUUGCAACAGGCGAGACAACAAGAAUCGCGGAGGACUCCGCAAGGACUGUCGAAAAACAAGAAAUCAAGAAGGCCUACAAGUUUGGUGGCGAGUAUGUAUACUUCACACCCGAAGAACAGAAGAACCUCAGGGAUUUUGGCUCGCCAAUCAUUCGGAUUAUCGGAUUCAAGAAGCGCGACAUGUUGCCUGUCUGGGCAAGCGUGAAGAAAUCUACCUUCAUCUUCCCAAGCGAAGAGGAUUAUAUCGGGUCAUCCCGUGUAUUCUCAGCCCUUUGGCAGAAACUGCUCAGGGACGACAAGAUUGGCCUCGCCUGGUGCGUUCUUCGGUCCAACGCACAGCCUAUACUUGCUGCUCUCAUUCCUUCGAGGGAGCAAUCUGACGAAACUUCUGGGACUCCAUAUCUUCCCGCGGGCCUGUGGCUUUAUCCUCUCCCUGCCGCAGAUGACCUGCGAGAGAUCAGCGCCGAACGCAGGAUUGACUGCUCAGAGGAUCUAAAGACUAAAAUGAGAAUCGUUGUGCAGCAACUCAAUCUCCCCAAGGGUAUAUAUAACCCGUUGAAAUAUCCAAAUCCGGCCCUUCAGUGGCACUACAAAAUCCUGCAGACCCUGGCCUUGGACGAGGAGGUACCGGACAAGCUGGAAGACUUGACGGAGCCGAAGAAUAAGGCCAUAAGCAAGCGUGCUGGGGGUUAUCUGGAAGACUGGGCCGAGACGCUGAACGACGAGGCCGCCAGAGCCGCAACAUCCAGGUCUUUGAAGCGAGAGCCGGAAGAUGACACCUCCGACCGCCCUGCAAAACAGCGAAAGCCGGCUUCAGAGCGACCAAGCGUAUCCACAUUCAGCAUGGCACAGCUCAAGGCUGCUGUCGAGAGCGAAGGCAUCAAGAAAAUGACAGUGGUGCAGCUAAAGGAUGUUGCCGGCGCCCGGGGUCUCAGCACGAGCGGCAAGAAGGCCGAUUUGUUGGAGCGGAUAGAGCAAUGGGUUGAGGAAAACAGCUGA